AUGUGUAUGAAUGAAAUGUAUAACAGUAACAACAGCAUCUAUAUAGUAAGAUCACUUUCAUUAUCAUCCAUCCUUCAGUCUUUGAAUAAAACACACAAGUUUAGUUCUAGAAGUUUGACCAAUCUUUCAUGUGUACAACAGACAAAAUUGUCGAAUACCUGUCUAACAACAGAUGAUUUUGAUGCUAAUUAUAAUCGAGAGAACAUUAGCAUGAGCAAUUGUAAACAAACAAAUGCACGGGAAAUGGAUUUAUUUAAUGAUAAGACCGAAGCUAAUAAUGGAUGUGAAUUAAGUACUAAUUCGAGUUCUAAUCCAACAACCUAUUAUCAUGUGGGCAGUGGAAAUGAUCGGAAUGUAUCCACAGUAGAUGAAGUCCUUUUCAGCCAAAUUCCAUUCAUGAUACAUCAAGUUCUAUAA